GUGCUAGCCGAAGGAGCAGCAGCAGCCCAUCAGAAGUGGGCCACCGAGCAGGAGCUGGUUGAAUCGCCAAGCGCUUGCAGGGACUGCUGCAAUGACGGCAAGGCUUACGUGCCAUGCCUGGACGUAGAGGCCUGUGCUGCAACAGCGCCGGCCACCGGGAGGUAUGCCCUGAUCUUCUCGUACGUGGGGAAGUUCGUACCGAAAGUGCUGCAGUAUCUGGACUCUGCGAAAGCAGCUGCGCUGUCUGCAAACAAGGCCGACCUUCUGCUCCUCGUGACGGAGACGGAUGCGGCCUCCAUGACUGCGGCGUUGAGGGCCGACUUGGAGAGGGAAGGUAUCCAGUUACGCACCGUGGACUGGUCCCUGCCCCCUGGGAUGCGCUUCACGAAGGAGGAGAACUGGUGCGGCCAGAAGGACUUCAUCCGGCUCCAUGCCCUAGGACUUGACGAGUAUGAUGCCGUUGCUUACUUCGACAAUGACAUUGAGUUCCAAGGCGACAUCACCCCGCUUUUGAGAUGUGCAUCGACAGGUCACUUCUUGUCCACCAACGGUGGCAUUGGGGAAGCACUGAAUGUUGGGUUCUUCGCUCUGCAGCCCCACAAAGCCUUGUUGCAAGCGGCAGUGGAUUUUGCGAAAGAAGCGGACUACUCCCAGCUAACUGGCUGGGCCAACGAGGGCUGGCGGCCGAGUGGUGGCUACUACGUUGGCGGCGAGUGCGGCCAAGGUUUUUUCCACACCCUCUUCUACAAGCGGAGCUCGUCCUUGAGGGCGAUGAUGGCACGGUUGGGCAGGAAGUGGACCUCCGCGCAGGUGGACAAGUGCGUCUGGAACUACCAGACGAGCUUUCAGUGCCGGCGAGGCUUCAACUGUGCACACGUGAGGGUGCACCACAAGCCGACAAGGCCGGGCACGGACCCUGAGGAGUGCCUCAAAAGCCAAUUGAUGCAGCAGAGGAGCUCGACCUCGGCCCGAUCCAUCUCCGUGGAUUCUGGGGGCUCUCUUCGCCAAGCUCGGGAUGGAGAGGUUGGCUUCUACUUCCCCGUCCACGACCAAGUGGAGGGUGUCGUGGAGGUGAUCCGCUCUGCGAGGCAGUUCUAUCCGGAGUCGCCGAUCUUCGUUCUGCAAGAUGGCGGCUCCGUGGACUUCGGGAACCUCUGCAAGCAAGAGAGGUUCCGGUGCACCUUCGAGCGGAUGCCGGGCGAGAAUAGCCGCUGGAACCCCCACUCCUGGUUCGCACGCAUGCGCCGCGCCGCUGAGCUCCUGAACACCCGGCCUCCCGACCUAGUCUUGGGGUUUAGGAUUUAG